GGUGCAUGGAAGUGUAAGACAGCUUUAGGUGGUGUGCGCCAUUAUCAGGAUACAAAGGAUAAGUCUUUGACCACUAAUCUGAAGCACCAUGCCAUCGGAUGCUUUGGCGAGGAUGCUGUCAACAAUGCCAUGAAGGGCAAAGAUGCUGGUGUUAAUAGUGGCUCUGUCUAUGCAGCAUUUGCACGCCAAGGCCAACAGCCAGUCCAUUACUCCCAUCGGACACACAAAAAUCCGGAACUUCUUUGUGCAGGUCGCUCAAAUAUUGAACUUCUAUCACCUGAUGUACUGUCCUGCAAUAUUAAAGUAGCAAUUGAGAAGUGCAGUGAACACAUCAGACAGCUUCUCCGUGAUCACCCUGGACGCUUACACUUUGCCACAGAUGCUUGGACUUUAUCCAACCAUUGUGCCUUUGUAGCGUGGACAGUCCACCUCGAGUAUGAGGGUAAAAUGUUUUCAUUUCUACUCGACAUCAUUGAAGUUGCCGAGGUACGUUGCAGGCCAUCCAUAUCAAAUGCUCCACCAAUCUUCACAUGA